AUUCAAUGAUCUUUAACACUCUUUCUCACUCCCCUUGCUUCCUUCCACACUCGCAGCCCUGCUACCAGAACCACACAACAUCGACCCUUUCUAUCUCUCCUUUCUUCCACAUCUCACACUUGCUUCUCUCUAUCUCUCGCUUUCACCUCCCAUCUUCUUUGCUCGUUUCUUCCAUUCCCCAAUCUCCUCCGUGACCAGCAACACAGACCUCUUCCCCCCCUACAAGUACAACGUCCUUCCCCCUCUACAAUUACAACCUCCUUCCUUCUCCCGUUUCGCACUCGAAAGAUAUCAAGAUCGACCAUGGCGCUCCCACUCAAACUGACGGAACACAUUCCGCCUCACGUGCUCCCAGCGGUAGACCCGGCCAAUAACCGACAGCCUGCUCAAGCUGUUCGGCAGCCCGUAAGCACCAAUGUUACUGCUUCCUUUGCUUCAAACACUCCGAUGCAUUCUACAACUGCCUCUCCGUCUUCCUCCGCACCCUCGACGAAGCAUGUUCUUGUGGACUCUGUCUCUUCGCCAAGGCUUCAGGCCACGAAGACGUCUACUACGGGCCCCACGGAGACCAGAUACAUCGACCUCACAACCAGUGAAGAACUUCUUCAAGCCCUCGCCGAAAUCCUCAAACGCAAGAGAUACUCUUUUGAGGUACAUGUCAGCAGCCUAAAACGAAAGGGACUCGCUUAUGUUCUUCGCUUCGCAAACGAUGAGGCCCACCGUCGCCGUCGUCAUUGUCGUGGCUCUGCAAGCAUUGAAGAAGCUGUCAUUUCCACAUCGGCUCCCGAUGUUGAUGAAGUUGAGGAUUUGUCAAAUUUUCAGGAUAGCAUUCUAGAAGAGGAGGGGGUUAAGACUCGAAUGGAGCAUCGGCCGAUUCACGAUCUCUUGCAGUCACUCCCCAGCUCCGGAAGCAAGCCGGCGGGUUCGCAGCCAGCCGAGUUCGAUAACCAACCAGGGUCGCCUGAUGGUAAAGAUGGAGAAGGGGAAGCACAUAACAGGUCCGAUUUGGGCGAAGAAGACACAGAUAUUUUCGGAAAUAAGAGGCCCACUGCUGCACGUCCUGGCUCUCGCCCUCAUGCCAACCUUGCUUCUCCAACGGUCACUGCUCUGACCGCCGCAUCCCUGGCCACUGCCGUUCCCGCCUCGGUUCCCACCACCACACCCACCACCGCACCCACCACCACACCCACCGCUACGGCAAGCAUCGAAGAAGAGGUUAUCUUCACAUCCGCUCCCGAUGUUGAUGAAGUUGAGGAUGUGUCGAAUUGUCAGGAUAGUAUUCCAAAAGAUGAGGGGGAUACGACUCAAAUGGAGCAUCGGCCGAUUCACGAUCUCUUGCAGUCACUCCCCAGCUCCAGAAGCAAGCAGGGGGGUUCGCAGCCAGCCGAGUUCGAUAACCGGCUCACGGAGUCGCCUGAUGUUGGUAAAGAUUCAGAAGAGCAAGCAUAUGACAGGUCCGAUUUGGGCGAAGAAGACACAGAUAUCUUCGGGAAUAAGAAGCCCACUGCUGCUCGUCCUGGCUCUCGCCCUCAUGCCAACCUUGCUUCCCCAACGGCCACUACCCUGACUGCCGCUUCUCUGUCCACCGCCGUUCCCGCCUCGGUUCCCAUCACCAUACCCGCCGCUGCACCCACCGCCGCACCCGUCGCCAUUCCCACCGCCGCUCCUAGAAGUACCGGUUACAUGGCCGCUUGGCCCGAGCAGCAACCACGACCGGCCAGGCAGCAAAGGCCGUCCGCCAAGAAUGGCGAUCGAGGACAGAACAGGAAUAAGGCUGAUGGUGUCCAGAGACACCCGAGACCGCGACUUUUCGGUGGUCCCGGAGAGACGGUGGUGGUACAAUUGAGACCACCGGAGAGAACCGUCCCCCGCACAGAAGUGGGCGUCUUUAUCCAGGGAGUCCCACCGAAUAUAUCGCUCCCAAGGAUCCUUUCAGAGAUCCACGGAGGAGCUAUUCACAGUGUGGUGAUGUUCAAAGCCCCUAUACAAGGUGGAGAUAAAAAGGCGGUUGUCUACUUCAAAGAUUCCGACUCUGCGGAUCGCUUUGUUGCCUGGCACGCGCGUCAACCGAUCUGCUUGAUGGGAUUCAAGCUUUCGGUCUCUCGAGAGCUUCCACCAGAAGUCAAGGACGGUUUUACGACUCCUUUUCUGGAGCCGUUCAGAGAUGAUGAGACCCGUUGCCUAGCCAUGAUGGGACUCCCGGAGAAUAGAUACCCUGCUGUCUUUAUCUCUCGCUGGAUUGACAAGCAGUUACCCAAGAAGAGCCACAUCGAGAACAUCGAAUUCGACCAUACGGCCGGAACCGCAUAUCUCAGGUUCAUCAAUAUCGCUGCUGCCCGUUCCGCCACUAGCGCUCUUGCCCGUGCCAAGAGCGAAGAGCGGGAGUGGAAGCAGUGCCGUGUCAAGUUCACCGCCGAUCCCUGCAGCUUUGGCUGUUGAGCGCAGCGAAAGAAAAGCUGCUGCCGAACCUUUCAAAGCACUGUUGGUUUAGACAC